ACUCUGUUUCUUCAACUACCUUUUUGGUGCACAGUACUCUACAGUCAAUAAACUUCAACUAAGCGCGUGCUUUCGAGGACCAGUAAAUGCUAACCAUGUCCCCCUACUUCAUUGCAAGGACAUGACUACAUGCAUACUUGUCCUGUCACUGGCUGGGGCAAUUGAUCGAACGCCUGUCUUGCAUUGCAACCACAUGCUUGUGUAGCUUUCUAGGCAGGUCCACUUAAGAGGGUGAUGGAUCUGAGCUCCAUCAUCUCCAGAAGUCCGCUUCUUACAUACCUUACAGUUUACCAUCUUCAUCUCCUAGCAAAGCACUGCCGCACUCAUAAUCAGUCAAUUUCUCGUUUUCCUGCGGUCGUUUUCUUUGAUUUAUUGAGUGCCUCCACAACAGCUGCAACGCAUGAAUGCUUGCACUCAAUCUUCCUCCUUUUGAUCACAGAGGAGGUAUCGUCUUCUUCGUUUUAGUCAGCUGCUGGAAAGUCAAUGGGGCCACAAUAUCCUUUUAGGCUGCGCAUAUGGAUCGGUAGAACAGAGAAAUUAAUUUGGUUCGUCGCAUUUAUUUUAGUUUGAUUCGGGAUUUUAACGUGCUACAGUGCCUUGGUGUCUCAAAUGGCUUGCUUCUUCAUGAGAGAUCAAUGAUGACGAUGAACUUUCAAGCUUUUGGAGGUUCUGCACCAAUCAUGAUGCUCCCAGUACUCUGAAUCCUCGAUAUGCUUUCUGUUCUUCGAUCAAUCCAACACUAUCAAGCCUAUAAACGAUAUGUUCUUCCUUCGACUGUACUGCACGACCACUGAGCACCUCGCAUCUCUCACUGCUUUGAGUUCCACUAGACUAUAUCCUGUCUUCUAGUCUUCCGUCUUCAUCCGAAUCCACAGAUAAUAACCAGAAGACGUAAGCAGCAUGACCUCCUCUGCUUCUAGUUCUCAAUCCUUUCUUCUGUUUCUGUUCCUUUGUCUUCUGCAACCCUUCACCUCCGAUUCCCACAGAGUAGCAACGACGACAAAUCCCACUGCUUCGAAGGUGCCAUCUUUGUCCCUUGUGCUACCACUUACAGUUCAAAAGGUGCCAUCUUUGUCGCUCCCCACGCCACCCAACAAGCUCCUCUUCCACCACAAUGUCAGCCUCACCGUGCCCCUCGCCGUCGGCACGCCGCCGCAGAACGUGACCAUGGUGCUCGACACCGGCAGCGAGCUGUCCUGGCUCCUCUGCAACUCCUCCUCCGCCGCCGCGUUGUCCUUCGACCCCCAGUGCUCGUCUUCCUACUAUCCCGUUCCCUGCUCCUCACCGGCUUGCACCGACCGCGGCCGCGACCUCCCCAUGCCGCCCGUCUGCGACGCCUCCUCCACUGCCGGUUUCUGCCACUUUUACCUAUCUUACACUGACGCUUCCACAGCCGAGGGCGUCCUCGCUACCGACUCCUUCCUCUUGGGCAGCUCUUCCCCCAUGCCCACCGUCUUUGGAUGCGUGGCUUCCACCUACUCCUCCGCCGGUGGCGACACUGAUGCCGCAGGGCUGCUUGGCAUGAACAGGGGAUCCCUUUCCUUCGUGAACCAGAGCGGCAUCCGCCGAUUCUCCUACUGCAUCCCGGACGACGACGCCUCCGGCGUGCUCGUCCUCGGCGACGCCGAGCCCCCUUUCCCACUCUCGCUCAACUACACCCCUCUGAUCCAGAUCUCCCUUCCCCUGCCCUACUUCGACCGGGUCGCCUACACCGUCCAGCUCGAGGGCAUCCGCGUCGGCGACACCCUCCUACCGAUCCCCAAGUCGGUGCUCGUCCCCGACCACACCGGCGCCGGGCAGACCAUGGUCGACUCCGGCACCCAGUUCACCUUCCUCCUCGGCCCCGCCUACGACGCGCUGAAGUCGGAGUUCUCGCGGCAGACGAGCGGCGCGCUCGUCCCCCUGGACGAGCCGGACUUCGUCUUCCAGGGGGCGUUCGACCUCUGCUUCCGGCUCCCGGCGGAGAGGGACGCGCCGCCGCCGGGACUUCCUACGGUGGUACUCCUGCUCCGCGGCGGAGCGGAAGUGGCAGUGGCGGGGGAGCGCCUGCUGUACCGUGCGGCGGGCGACGCGCCCGGCUCCGACGCUGUGUGGUGCUUCACGUUCGGCAACUCGGACUUGGUGCCGCUGUCAGCGUACGUGAUCGGACACCACCAUCAGCAGAACGUGUGGGUGGCGUACGACCUGGAGAACGCCCGUGUCGGGUUCGCGCCGGCGCGCUGCGACCAGGCGAGUCGCCUACUGGGCGUUGCGAGCACAUGACCUUCAUCAUCAUCAGCUUCCUCCAUUCGAUUCCAUUCCCCACAAUGGCGGAGCUUUGCAGAAACACAUCAAGUUACGAGGGGUAGAGCCUGUGUGUAUACGUGCCUUCUUCCACUGCCACAUUCAUCAUGCUUAGACUCAUAUGAACUUUGAUGUCGUUUUCUCGACGUGACUUGUCUUCU